AGUUUCAAGAUAAGUCAAUAAGGAAAGCUCAAAAAUGAGUUGCUAUAAAUUUUUGAUUUUAUUUGCUAUCGUUAAAAGUGUAAUGGCUGGUGGUUCUUCAACCUGUGAGCCAUUAGUAAGCAAUUUUAAUGCCUUUUUUCAAAUAUUUGAAAGCUCUCUCGAAAAUGCUGAAAAUUUCGCAAUAAGUUCUGCUGAAGCAAAUCGAGUCUUAGUCCCAGCUUUUAAUGCACAACUUGGGUGUAUUAAAGAAAUGUAUUUAAAUAUUGCUGCAAAUGCUUCAAAUCGUUUAUCUGGCGCUGAUUUUAGUGCAAUUAAAAAUGCAUUAUCAGGAGAAAUUGACAUUUCGUCAUUAGAAUCAAUUCGAUGUAUCUCUGAUGAAUUGUCGUACAUAAAAAAUAAUUUGACUAAUAUUGAUUCAUCCAUUAUUCCAAAUUUGUCGAGCAUAACUCAAGGAACAACAGGCAAUACAGAAACAUGCUUCAGUGUUUAUUUGUCUUUACUUCCGUAUAUUGGUACAACGAUUGCUUUUGUUGUUGAAGCUGGCACUAUAAUUGCAGCCGAAACUGCAUCGUUCGGAACCAUUAACAUGGCAGACAUUUAUUUGGAAGCAAUGAAUCAAGCUAACGAAUGCGUUUUUGAUGUAUUGGGACUUGGUAUUGCAACAAUCUUAAAUUCAGAUCCAGAUGGUAUUAUUACCUACUACAAUGGACUUUCGACAACACUUGAACAUCCAUAUAGCUGUAUUCAAUCUAUUAUUGACUAUGGACAGAAUAUCUUUAAUCAAGCAUUGACUAGCUUCAAUGCUGGUACACCAUUAAAUUUGAAUAUUCCACCAGUUCCUGAAUUCAAUUAGAUUUUUUUUAAAUAUUGUAAAAUUUAUGAGAAUAACAAAG